UACGGGCAGGGGCAGGGCAAAACAAAAGUUGUCAGCGCAAUCAAUGAGGACAUCUCAAACAGCUCUUUAAGAAAGGCAGUGUUCAUCUUCCCUUCCAGUCUCUCUGAAAGCUCUGAUGUUUGCAUCUCAAUUCAAGACGUGGAGAGCCCGGGGCACUUCCGAAUCAGGAAACUGAAGAAGCAUCUUUCAGGAUUUUGUACUUGAAAUCUUUCAAUUAUGGAUUUCGGACUCACUCCGUGGAUUGGAUAUGUUUGCCUUUUUGCCUCGUUAUUUACUGUAGCAGAUAUGGUAUUGAUCAAUGCAGAUCCUCCAGCUGUGGAAUUUGGACAGCCUUUGGUGGUGAAUUGCAGUGCAACUUGUUUAGCGCAAUCAAUAGUAAUGGAAGGAAUAAAAGAUAAAAAUCCCAAAAAACAAAAUCAAUGGCUGGUACACUCUUCCCCAACAAUUCAGUCAUGGUCUGUUUCAGUGACAUGUCAGGUGAAAUGCUCAUCUGGACAAGUGAAUAUCAGCACGAAAAUGGUAACCGUCUACAGUCGAGACUUAAAUAUUAAUUCCCCUCCUGAAGCACUGGAAAUUAAUAAAACAUAUAGCCUUGAAUGUAUCGGUCCCAGGGUCUAUCCUAAUAAUAAGCUCAUACUAAAAUGGCUAAGAGGAAGUGAGAUUGUUCAGUAUAAUUCCACAGAAGAAGAAGGUAUUUCGAAUCAGGAUAAACGAUUAAGGAACGUCUUUCAUUUUACUGCAAGAUCUUCAGAUGACGGACAGGUGUAUACCUGUUUAGCAGAAGUGAACUUGGGCUCUAACACCACGUUACCAAUCACAAACUCCUCGGUGACAAUGCAAACUUACCAUAAACCUAGAAGCAUAAUUAUAUUAGCAAAUAACCAAACCAUCUCAGAGUCACCAAUACAUUUGAGUGAUGGUGAUAGCAUCACAUUAGUUUGUGAUGCACAAGGAAACCCGAAACCAACAUUAAAAUGGGAAUACUCAAAAAAACAUAAUACAGUGAACAAUUCUUCUGCAGUCCUCCAUAUUUCUAAUGCCACAACAGAAAAUAAUGGAAUAUACAAAUGUAUUGCUACUAAUAAAUUUGGAACUGAAGAAAAGAAGGUGGACAUCAAAGUUACAGAUAAAACUGCUAUCAUAGUGGCAGCAAGUAUAUCAGCAGUGGCCAUAGCAACCCUUGCAACUGGUGCCAUCAUUUAUUAUUUGUACCAAAAAGCUCAGAAAACACAAGAAUACAAAUUACAAAAGGCACAGCCUCACAGUAAUCCACAAGUGCCUAGUGGAUAGUAAAAUCUGAAAAUUACUAGAAAUCGUAAUCUAACAAAAGAACAAAAGGGGAAAACAAUUUGCAUGAAUUUAAAAACAGGAAUUGCUGAACAUGCUGGAAAAAAUUAUGGUGGAUUUGCCCAAUUCUUCUACCUGUCUGAUUUAAUAGCCAUGGAGACACCUUAUAAUGAAGAACAACACAUUCAGAUGUUUUGAAGCUUGUAGCUUGCUUGCCUCCCCUCAGUUAUUAUUGGUGUAUAUUGCAAGAUGGUUGGAGCGAGUAAUUGUUUUACUGCUUUCAGUUAUAGGAACAAGUUAAUAAGUGGUGCAUCUGUAGGAUCUAAUUCUGGAAAUAUAACAUUUUGAGAGCUCUCUAAUAAAUGGAAUAGGAAAGAGGUAGUUAACAUUCCCUAUAAGUAUUUCUCAAAUAUGUACUCUACUUUUGAAGACUUCCAUCUUCAUAUGGGGAUCAAAGAUUAUUUACUUCCAUUCCAGUGUUGUGGACUUGGAAGUGGCUAAUGAUACUAUCCCAAAUGCUCCUCCUCCAAUUUGAGAGCCAAGAGGAUCAAGAGAAACGAAGGAGUCAGUGGGAUGUUGCAUUUCUUCAAGAAGAUUUUGAAUCUUUCUCUGUCCACCCGGUAAACUCUUCCUGUGACAGAGUAAUAAAGAGACUGUUUCAAAAUGUUGGCCAGGCAAAUGACAUGGUCUGCCCAACAUAGCUAAAUGAAUGUAACUGGGUCCACAAGACUGGGGAUGAUGGCAUGGGAGAAAAUGCUGAUCUUCUUAGUUCACUUGGAGACUCAUUUCAUCAUUCACAAGCAACAAGUGUCUGGAAUAAACAUCCGAAUCAAUAGUAUCUAUAACUUUUUCCCCCACUUGUCAGCAAACAAGUAUUUUGAUAUGGGGUUUUAACAGAUGUUCAGGAGAAGCAGUGCAUGAAAUCACCGUCAAUUUUCUGAAUGACUUAUUCCUUCCUCAAAUCUGUAACUUUUUUCCAACCCCACAAUACCACAAGAAUCCUUUGGGCUCUUCCAUUUGAACUUCCCUGAUUUUAAUCUAUUGUUGCCUUGCCUCCAGCUGUUCAAACUAUAAUCCCUAGAAAUCCUUCCUUUAAGCUCUCCAUUUCUCCUUCCUCCUUUAAAAUGUUUCUUCAAAACUAUUCUGUGACCUCUUUUGGCCAAUCCUAUCUUAACAGCAUUAGGAUGGGAUUGGCCACCCUCCCUUUCCACCACAUGAAGCCCUGAAUUCAUCUUUGUGGUGAAAAAGCAAUUUAUAUACAUUUCUUUCAACUGUUUACCAUUUCAUUAUUCAUAAUUCUUUAUCCUUUCCAGACCAAAUAUAGAUGCAGUCUAAAAAUACAAGCCUGAGCUUCCAGUAACCUGUCACUUUAAUUCUCCACCACAGUCCCUCUCUAAAGCAACUCUUGUGCAUUGUUCCAAUACAGUUCAAUGUAAACUUGGGGAGUAGCAAUUCAUCUUUUAAUUAAGCACAAACAGCAAUCUGGAAUCAGAAUUGAACAAUUUUGGGUAAUCAUUCCAGGAUUUUGCAUUUACACCUCUUGAGACCCAUCUUUUGCUCCUUUAUUUGUCCCACAGUUAUUUCUUCAUGCCUUAGAUUUUCAUCUUUUUUGUUCAGGACUGCCCAACUCCAAGCAUGGAGUGCUAGUUUCUGGUUGGAGUAGAAAGCCACAAAACAAAAUUGUUGCCAGCAUUUCCAUUUGUGCCAAGAACCAACACACAGACUAACAGGAUAUGUGCAGUGACACCAAACACACACAACAAUUAACUGAAAUUACUUGCACAAAGGAAUAUUUGGGAUGUUGGGCAAGGGAUUAAACAGAAGGUCACUUAAGAGAACAUGGAAGUAGGUCUUAACUGGAGGACUGAGGCUUUCUUUGCCAUCAGUUAAAUGCCCCAUCCCGCCAGAGUACAAGAUUUCCAUCUUCCUUACUUGGGUGUUUUCUUUAACUUUCCAUUGAUACCAGUAACCCUACUGUCAUAACCCAUUCAUGCACACCCACCAUCUGCCUACUUGCCCAACUCCAGAGAGACCUUCUGUUUGAUCCCUUGCCUAAUAUCCCAAGUGAUCCUUUCCCCAACCUGCUUAACCCACAAUGGCCAAAGACCAUCCAUUUUUAUCUUUUCUUCCCUUCCUACUUUCUCUUCUCCUAUACUUUGCAACCUGUUACAUAUCAAACUUCUGGCAGAUCUGUUGAAAGAUCAUUGACUUGAAAUGUUAAUUCUGUUUCUCUUUCACAGAUGCUGCCUGAUCUGUUGUGUAUUUGCAACAUUUUCUAGUUUAUUUCUAAUAUUUAUUUGUGGCUCAUUGUUAAGUUUUGUUUUAUAGUGCUAUUUUGAUCUGACUUAGGCUGUUUUAAUUCAUUAAAGGCACCUCCCAAAUUCAA